AUUGUACUGACAGAGAACAAAUGAUGGCGUUAUUGUCAGAACUCAAGAUUCUCAUUCAUGUGGGACAACAUCUUAACAUUGUCAACUUACUGGGGGCCGUCACCAAAGAUAUUAGAUAUGGUGAGCUGUAUGUGAUUGUGGAAUACUGUCAUUUCGGAAACCUUCGGUCCUAUCUACUGAAACAUAAGGAAGAGUUCCGAGACGUAAUGGAGGACUACAUGGACCCUGCCCAUCAGAAAAAACGUGAGGCAGCCCGAGAGGCAGCCGCCAAUAAGCCGUACUACUUAAACAAGGCUCAGAUAGAGAACACCGCCGACCUAGUGGGGCCUCCACUGACCACUAAAAACCUCAUCUGCUGGUCAUUCCAGGUGGCCCGAGGGAUGGAGUACCUGGCCUCCAAAAAAUAUAUACACAGAGAUCUGGCAGCAAGAAACGUUCUUUUAGCUGAGGACAACAUCGUCAAAAUAUGUGACUUUGGGUUAGCCAAGGAUUUGUACAAUAAUCCAGAAUAUCUAAAGAAAACAGAUGGACCAGUUCCUGUGAAGUGGAUGGCUAUUGAAUCUCUAACUCACAGACUGUACACCACAAAGAGUGACGUGUGGUCAUAUGGUGUCUUUCUAUGGGAGUUAUUUUCUCUGGGUGGUAGUCCAUACCCUGGGGUGGAAAUUAACGAGAAGUUUAUUGGGCUCCUUCAGGAUGGAUACAGAAUGGAGAAGCCACGAUAUGCCACCGAUGAAAUGUACAAGGUCAUGCAGGCGACCUGGAGGGAUGACCCAGAGGACAGACCUACUUUUACACAACUCGCCAACAUCAUGGGCGAUUUCCUGGAAGAAAAUGUCAAACAGUAUUACUUGGAUCUGAAUGAGCCGUAUCUUAAGAUGGUGGACCUUGAGGGCGGGGCUUGUGGGGGACCAGAGAGUGAGGGCUACCUUAAAAUGAGUGACAGAGACAAAAAGUCAGACUACCUUAAAAUGGGGCUGGCCCCUCCCCCACCGGUGGACCAGGAAGAGUAUGAUGGAGGUGUGUCUUAUGUGAAUGAGAAAAAAUGGAACAAAAAGAAGGAGAAGGGAGAUUCUAUGGAGCUUCAGCCUCUGACAAAAUCUAUGGAGGAAGAGGAGGAGGUACAACUCCGUAAAAAAGAUCGGGAAAAUUCUCCCUCCAACACAAACAUGCGGGUGGAUGUUCACAGAAGUGAUGAUACAGAUAGCGGACAUUCCAGUACAUACGCACCGGGCACACCGCCAGACGUCGGAAACGACGGCUACCUUGUACCAAAGAUGGGACCAGAUCAAACUCAGGUGUUUGUAUUGAAGAACAAAUCGAGUCCAGCUAAAAAUAAAUCUAAGUGUAGUGAGUUUACGAAGGAUUAUCACGACCCCCCGCCCACGUACUCAACAGUAUUACAGGACAGUGAUAUUGAUGUCUGAUGCUAAAGCUGACUCCAAGAAUCAGCCUUGUGUUGUCUUUUAUUUACUGGUAUUGCUUCUUAAUGAGUGCAAGAAACCCUUAAAUUUGGCAUGGAAAUUUCCUUUUUGAAACAUUCUCCUACUUUUUUACAACAAAUUCUGUGCCUGAUCAAAGCAACCCGAAUAUAUCUAUGUUUUUACUAUUAUAAGAAUGGACUAGUCCUGAAUUAAUUAAGAUUUUUGCUUGUAGAUAGACAUGUAUCAACUACUGACUGUAAAUACUGUAUAGUAGAGUAGUAUCUAAUGAAACUGCCGAACUUGUUACUAGCAUUAUCAGCAUUAUUUUGUACACUGUAGGUUGUUAAGAUCUCCUGUAGCAUAAUUCAUUUUGAAUAUCUAUAAUGAUAUUGUUUUAUUGUCUGAAUACAUUUUACAUAAUGGCAUAUAGCACACUGGGAAAAGGAAGGGGAAUUUUCAUUGUGUUCAAUUUGACUUUUAUCAAAGAUUAUCCAAUGGCAUUGAACAAUCUGGAAUAAGUGAGCAGAAACAUUUUUAUCAAUUAGAAAAUGAUUCGCUGUUUCUUGGAAAAAUAAAUUGACAUACUUACAUAAUGGAAACAUACAGUAGAUGGAGAUGUCAGGAAUGAAAAAAAGAUUUUUAGAUUAUUAACUUGUUAUUAAAUCUUGUAAAUGUAUAUUAACUCUUAUCAGUUAUUGCACCUGAUGUAUUUGGUAGAUUACUUUUUUCAUAUACAAGUACCGUACCGGUUUUGUAUGGUAAUUAAGCUUUCUGCUUUCACACAAGUAUUUGUUGUUUACAGCAAAUUUGUUUUUUCAUAUAUAUGUACCCCGGUACACACCUGUUGUUUACAGUAAGUUUGUUUUUAUUUGUCUUACAAGUACAUGUAUAUGAUAAGAUUGUUUUCCUUAUAAGUAAUUGUUGUAUAUGGUUUAGAUUGUUUUUAAUUACAAGAAUAUGUUGUAUACAGUAAGACUGGUUUUAUCUACAAUAACCUGUUGUAAAGGGUAACAUUGUUUUUCCACACAAGCACCUGUUGUUGAUUGUUGAAACAAAAACCAGUAGUCUAAUAUCAUUAGAUUUUAUUAGCUUUAACUGCUUUUUAACUUUACAAUACUGUGGUUUUAUUUUAGAAUCUCACAUUUGCUUUGAGACUGUCACCAUAUGCAUAUCCCAAAUUCUUCCUUUUCUUGCCAUUUUGAAUCAGUAGUUGCUUAUAUUAAUUGUGUCUAAAAUUUUACAACACACUAUAUGUUUUGCUAUUUAUGCAUUUUGAGAACCUUUUACCAGUGCCUCAUCUUGUUUUUAUGACUUUUGUAUGGUAUUUUAUUCGCUCAUAUUUUAGGAUUUCUGUAUGGGGUUUUACAAACUGUUUUGAAGGACUUAUGGGGUUUUAUUAGCUCAAGUUUUAUAGGAAAUUCUGUAAGGUAUUCAUUAGCCCAGUUUCAUAGGAAUUCUUUAAAGGGAUUUUAUUGGCUCAGUUUUAAGGAAUUCUAUGUGGGAUUUUAUCAGCUCACUUUUAUAGGAUUUCUGUAUGGGAUUUUUAGCUCUUCUGAGCCAAAGGCUCAAAGAGCUAAUGCUAUGGCCAUUUGUGCGGUGUGCGUCGUGCGGUGUGCGUUAACUUUUUAGAAUAUGGGCCAUAACUCAAGAACCCCUUGGCCAAUUAUUGUCAAAUUUGUCACAGGGUAUCCUUGGCCCAAGAGCUACCAUUUAUACUAAAAUUAGGGGUGGGACCCUAAAACAAGGGGAGAUAAUCACGAAAAUAAAACCAAAAGUACUGGUUGCUAAAAAAUCUUCUUCUCCAGAACCACCAGGCAGAUACUCACCAAACUUACAUACAAGGGUCAGAAUAUGUUGAAGAUUAAAAAUUGUUCAAGGCAUGACCCUGGGGCAAAGGGCGUGGUCUCAAGGUCACUUCAAAAUUGACCAAAAUUUACAUUUAUUAAAAACGUUGAUAUUUUGCUUACUAUAAAGAGUAGGAUCAUCAAAUCUUGUAAGUUGAUGCAUCUCAGGACUUGACAUCAUGUUAAUACAAAAGUAGGUCACGGUGACCUACUUUUUAGCUCACCUGAGCCGAAGGCUCAAGUGAGCUUUUCUGAUCACAUUUUGUUCGUCGUCCGUCUGUCCGUCUGUCUGUCUGUCUGUCCGUCUGUAAACUUUUCACAUUUUCGACUUCUUCUCAAGAACCGCUGGGCCAAUUUCAACCAAACUUGCCACAAAUUAUCCUUGGGUGAAGGGGAUUCAAGUUUGUUCAAAUGAAGGGCCACGCCCUCAUUCAAGGGGAGAUAAUUGGGAAUUAAUGAAAAUUUAAUGGUAUGUUUUAAAAAUCUUCUUCUAAAGAACCACUGUGCCAGGAAAGAUGAAACUUAUGGGGAAACAUCCUCAGGUAGUGUAGAUUCAAGUUUGUUCAAAUCAUGACCCCCGGGGUAGGGCGGGGCCACAAUGGCCGACCAAAGUUUUACAUAGAAAAAUAUAGGAAAAUUUUUUAAAAAUCUUCUUCUCAAGAAUAGCAAAGCCAUAAUUGAUCAUAUUUAUAUGGAAGCAUUGUCAUGCAGUGUAGAUUCAAAUUUGUUCAAAUGAUGAUCCCCAGGGGUAGGGCGGGGCCACAAUUAAUGGCCGACAUAAGUUUUACAUAGAAAUAUAUAGGAAAAUUCUUUAAAAAACUUCUUCUCAAGAACAGCAAAGCCAUAAUUGAUCAUAUUUAUAUUAAAGCAUCCUCAGGUAAUGUAGAUUCAUAUUUGUUCAAAUGAUGACCUCCAGGGGUAGGGCGAGGCCACAAUGGCCGACCAAAGUUUUACAUAGAAAUAUAUAGGAAAAUUCUUUAAAAAUCUUCUUCUCAAAUAUAGCAAAGCCAUAAUUGAUCAUAUUUAUAUUAAAGCAUCGUCAGAUAGUGUAGAUUCAAGUUUGUUCAAAUCAUGACCCCCGGGGGUUAAGGGCGGGGCCACAAUGGCCGACCAAAGUUUUACAUAGACAUAUAUAGGAAAAUUCUUUAAAAAUCUUCUUCUCAAGAAUAGCAAAGCCAUAAUUGAUCAUAUUUAUAUGGAAGCAUCGUCAGAUAGUGUAGAUUCAAGUUUGUUCAAAUGAUGACCCCCAGGGGUAGGGCGGGGCCACAAUGGCCGACCAAAGUUUUACAUAGAAAAAUAUAGGAAAAUUCUUUAAAAAUCUUCUUCUCAAGAAUAGCAAAGCCAUAAUUGAUCAUAUUUAUAUGGAAGCAUCAUCAGAUAGUGUAGAUUCAAGUUUGUUCAAAUCAUGACCCCCGGGGGUAGGGCGGGGCCACAAUGGCCGACCAAAGUUUUAUAUAGAAAUAUAUAGGAAAAUUCUUUAAAAAUCUUCUUCUCAAGAACAGCAAAGCCAUAAUUGAUCAUAUUUAUAUGGAAGCAUCGUCAGGUAGUGUAGAUUCAAGUUUGUUCAAAUCAUGACCACGGGGGUGGGGCGGGGCCACAAUGGCAGACCAAAGUUUAACAUAGAAAUAUGUAGGAAAAUUCUUUAAAAAUCUUCUUCUCAAGAACAGCAAAGCCAUGAUUAAUCAUAUUUAUAUGGAAGCGUCGUCAGGUAGUGUAGAUUCAAGUUUGUUCAAAUCAAGGCCCCGGGGGGUAGGGGCGGGGCCACAAUGGCCGACCAAAGUUUUACAUAGACAUAGGAAAAUUCUUUAAAAAUCAUCUUCUCAACAAGAAUAGCAAAACCAUGAUUGGUCAUGGGACUACUUUUGGAUUUAAACUUUUCAAUAAUAAACCAAUUUCUACUUUUUCCUAGCCACAGUGCUCAGGUGAGCGAUGUGGCCCAUGGGCCUUUUGUUAAAUUUUACGGGCUUUUGUUUUCGAAUUGAUUUAGAGGCAUAUUUUGGACACUUUAAGGCCUAUGAUCAUAAAACUUUGUCAGUUGGUUCAUCUUGGGUCCACAAACAACAUCAACUAAAAAGUAGGUCAUCGUGACCUACUUUUUGAAUUUUAUGGCUAAUCUUUUCUAAAACAUUUAAUCCCAUUAUUUCAGACACCGAGAGGUUUAGAAUCUCCAAAUCUUGUAAGUUGAUGCAUCUAGAGGCGUUAAAACAUAUUUAUUAAAAAGUAGGUCACUGUGACCUACUUUUUGAACUUUGCAGGCAUUUGUUUUUAAAUUGUUUAAAAGGCAUAUUUUGAAUACUAUUAGACCUAUGACCAUCAAAUUUUGUCAGUUGAUGCAUCUUUGGUCUUCAGAAAAUGUCGACCAAAAAGUAGGUCACUGUGACAUACUUUCGACAUUUUAUGGCUAGAUUUAAGUAUCUCGGGUACUAAUUGGCUUAGAAUCAUUAAAAUUUGUCAGUUGAUGCAUCUUGGGUUUUCGGAGAUUAACGACCAAAAAGUAGGUCACAGUGACCUACUUUUGACAUUUUAUGGCUAUAUUUUAGUAUCUCAGGUACUUAUUGGCUUAGAAUCAUCAAACUUUGUCAUUCGAUGCAUCUUUAUUUUAUUUCAUUUUACGGGUUUUCGGAGCAUGUCGACCAAAAAGUAGGUCACAGUGACCUCUUUUUGACAUUUUAUGGCUAGUUUUAUGUAUCUCAGGUGCUAAUUGGUUUAGAAUCAUCAAAUUUUGUCACUUGAUGCAUCUUAGAUUUUCGGAGCAUGUUGACCAAAAAGUAGGUCACGGUGACCCACUUUUGAAUAUCUCAGAUACUGAUUGGCUCAGAAUCAUCAAACUAUGUCAGUAGAUGCAGCUUGGGUUUUCGGAGAAUGUCGACCAAAAAGUAGGUCACAUUGACCUACUUUUGUCAUUUUAUGGCUAAAUUUAGGUAUUUCGGGUACUUAUUGGUUUGAAAUCAUCAAACUUUGUUAUUUGAUGCACCUUGGGUUCUUGGAGAAUGAUGAUCAAAAUAUAGGUCACAGUGACCUACUUGUGACAUUUAUGGCUAUAUUUAAGUAUUCUAGGGUACUUAUUGGCUUAGAAUUGUCAAACUUUGUCAGUUUAUGCACCUUGGGUUUUUGGAGAAUGUUGACCAAUAAGUAGGUCACUGUGACCCACUUUUAAAUAUCUCAAGUACUUAUUGGCUUAGAAUCAACAAUCUUGGUCAAUUAAUGCAUCUUGUGCCCUCAGAAAAUUUCAAUCAAAAAGUAGGUCACCAUGACCUACUUAUAGUAUUUUAUAGUUACAUGUAAAUAUCUUCAGCCCUAACUGGCUAAGAAUCAUCAAACUUUGUCAGUUGAUGCAUCUUGGGUCUUAGGAUAGAUUGUAUAAUUUAUCAGAAGAGCGAUUCAAGGCCCUUGGGCCUCUUGUAUUAAUCCAGUUUGAUCUCUUGGGAGAUUUUGUUUGCUGUUUUGAAGGCUGAAAUAAUGGCAAUUCAAACCUUAUCCAGAGACCAGCACAUACAUAUGUACAAUUCAAGAUUUCAAAAAUUUGAAAGUAUUCUUCUCUUUGUUAUAUACAUAUCAAAGAUAAGCCAUAAUAAUAGUGCAAUAGACCAUUCUUACAUAGUUCAUCUUACAGAAGUCAUUGAAUAAUAGUCUUACCAUAUAAAUAAUCAGGUGUUUAUACAGUACCUAUUGUACAUAUAUCUAAUAAAGUCAGCACACAUU